AUUCGCAGAAUAAAAAAAAAGCGUGUGAGGGAUAUGCCGAAGACCUCGUCGUCGGCUUCCCCCACCGUGUCCGCCAUGAAUCCCCUCCUCCCCUCCUCCGCCUCCUCCUACCUCCAAUCCCACCACCCGCCGGACCCGGACCCGCUCCCCAGCCCCUGCAGCUACCUCCUCCACGUCGACGCCGACGACGAGGCGCUGAUCCACUUCCCCGGCCCCAACCCUAGCCCCUUCUCGCUCGCCGCCUCCCCGCCGCCCAUCGACCCGACGCCGCACGUCUCCUCGCAGUUCUACACCUUCACCGCCGCCUCGCACGCGCUCAUGCUGCGCUGCGUCCUCGCCGGCCGCGCCGCCGCCGCCGACGAGGUCCGCGCCGCCACCUCGCCCUCCGUGCUCGCCUCCUGGCGGGCCGUCUGGAAGGACCGCAACGAGGACACCGCCUACCUCACCGCCUGGAAGCGCAUCCAGGACAAGCUCGCCGCCUCCGCCGACGGCCGCCACCUCCACUUCAAGUCCAACCCGGCGCAGCGCGUCUCCCACGUCGCCCAGUGGCGGGACAUAGUCGCCGAGGCGCACCAGGACCCCGACCUGCUCCGCCACCUCGGGGUCAAGGACACCGUCGACCGCAUCAGGCAAGCCUGGACCGUCGGCGCUAAAUUCUACGGUAUUCCAGAGUCCUUCGUCCGGGUAUGCGUUGCCGCGUGCCCUAUUUGCAAGGCUUCACCUGCUGGGCAGCCUGAUUCCGCCAUCUCGUCGCCUGGACGAGGUAAGCGGCGUCGCAGGUUUGAAUAUACAGAUACCCUAGAUGUGCCCGCGCGCGACGUGCCGCGCAGGCUGCAGCAGCUGGCGGCCAAGCAUAAGGUGGUCCUCUGCAUUAGGCAGAAGUAUAUAAGGUAUAAGCCCUUCAUGGCUGAGGUGAAGGAUUACGCGUGCCAUCGUGCUGGGGUGCCAACUUCAAGUAGUGGGAAUAAUGCAUCGUCCUCUUCAGCCACCGCCUCUGAGGCGAAGAAGGCACGGGGGCUGAAGCGGGAGCCGUACCAGUCCAAGAGGUGCGGCUGUGGGUUCCGUAUUCGGGCCAUUGUGCCCAUAGCCAAUUAUAAUGAGAAGGACAAGAGCUUUGUGUACCUGGAGGAAGGUACUGCAGUGUUCAAGCUUUAUGCGGUGCACUCGGGGCACGAGCCUGGCCCACUUGAUGGCAAUGCUCGGAUUGUUCACAGGUUAGUCGGCCAUAAGGGGACAUUUGAGUUUGAUCCUGACAUAUAUGAUGUCAAUGAUGAAGGCGAUCCUAACUUUACAGUUAAGGGAGAUGUAGAUGUUGAUAUUGAUGACUCGCAUCAGGCGGUCUUGCAGCAAGUUCGGGAUCUCAGGGCAGAAGUGGUCUCCCUAGAAGGGAAGGUGCCUAAGAUGCACCCAGAGCUAUUGGGUUCUCUUUCCAGUGAGCUAUCUGAGAUUUUGCACAGGAUUAGGAAGUUUAAUUUGGAUGGCAACGCCUACCAGCCAGACGAGGCAUUGAUGGUGUGCAAUGAUGUCGUGGGAUGGGGCACUGGUGAUGUGCCGCAACAUUUAGAUCAUCACGACGUUGGAUUCUGCAAGGACGAUGAGAUGCUUGAUGACGAUGAUACUGAUUUUGGUUCCAGCCUUGGGCCCAUUGUAUCAUGGGAUAGAAUGGCAGCAGAGUGCGAGGACAGGAAGAUGCUAUUGGGUGAUAGCCCAAAGUGUGAUAAGUGGAUGCUGAAGGAGAACGUUGGUGACUUUGAUGAAAAGAGUAUCCUCAACUGUGGGGACGAAGAUGGUGUUCAGGAUUCCAAGAUUAUUAAGCCAUUGAUGCAUGAUGAUACCAUGGUAACUGACUCAAGUUUGUUAGGCAUAAAUGUUGACGGUUUCUACUCUGGGCCCAAGUGGUAUGAUUCACCAGUAGGUUUAGAUUCCAGUGGUGAUGCAGGAGAUGCCAGUUUUAGACAUGGACUUGUGUGAGAUUUGUGAGUCACCCCUGGUUCCAGGAUGGUCUUGUAAAUUCUGUAUACUAGAAUGUCAUAAGCUUACACCAAUUUAAUGUAGUGUCUGUAGCUGGAGCUUCAAAGUAACCUAUCUUCCCUGAUAUACAGGCUGAUUAGUCAAUUCAAUAUUUUAACUUGUGUA